AAAAGUUUUUGGUUUCCCCAAGACGAAAAGAAGCAGCAAACAGACGAAUCAUGGCCUUUGCGCUCCAAAAUAAUGUUGAGUUUUCGAGGGAAUUUAAUACACUAGAUUCCAAGCAUCAACCCCUUUUUGACUGUUCCUUUUUCCCCUUGAAUUUUCCAUUCCGUUUUCUCGAGAAAACAAGGGAAAGCCAACCUCCCCAAGUUCCUCUUUGCACAUAUACCCAUUACUCUGUCUCGUCUUCUAUCUUUUUGGGAAUCAUCAAUAUUCAAUACUUGUUUCGUAUUUAAGAGUUUUAUGAGUCCUUCGACGACCAAGUUUUGCUUCUUUUGUUGCACACCACACAGAGAGUUCUCUGUUCGAGAACAAGGAAUAUUCAGCUUCUCCCCUUUUGAUGGAAUCUAGAUGGAAAAUGAUGGUGACCAUGGGUCAGAAGUUUCUGAUAUAAUACCUACUAAUCAACAGAGAACGAAGCAGUCUUUUAUUCGGAAAAUUUUCACCAUGAAGGAGAGAAAUGAGAGGGAGGCCAGUGGAGUCUCGGUUGAUACCCUUGAAGCACUAUCUGACCCAUCCAUUGGAAGUCAUUAUUUUAGCUGCACAGAGCCUCCUAUGUCUUCUGGUGAAGAAAUUCAGAAUUUAAGAGUGUUUGUAGCAACAUGGAAUGUAGGAGGACAAUGUCCUGAUGGGAACCUUGACCUGAGCGACUUUCUUCAGGUCAGAAAUGAACCAGAUAUAUAUGUCUUGGGUUUUCAGGAAAUCGUCCCCUUGAAUGCAGGAAAUGUGCUGGUAUUAGAGGACAAUGAGCCUGCCGCGAAAUGGCUUGCUUUGAUCAAUCAUUCACUGAAUCGACCUUCUCAUUUAGCUUCAAAGGGACUAAAACACACGGCAUCAUUUGGCGGGUCUUUGUUCUUUCAAAAGCCCACUUACAGGAAGCUUAAGAAGACAUUGAGAACAUUAGAUGGAAAGAGGUUAAAAGGGUGUAACUGUGUUCUUGAAAUGGAAAGGAAGGUUUCCAAGGAAUUCUGUUUUCUCUGCCAAGAAUCAAAUGUAAACCUUGACGAUUCUUCCUCUGAAGAGGAUGAUGACAGUUACCAAACUUCCAUUUCUUUGCCUACUAAUGCGAAUAUGAAAUACAGUCUUGUUGCGAGCAAACAAAUGGUGGGAAUUUUCGUUUGUGUCUGGAUGAAGAAGGAACUUGUUCAGCAUGUUGGCCAUUUGAGAGUAUGUUGCACUAGUCGCGGGAUCAUGGGAUGCCUUGGAAACAAGGGGUGUAUAUCUGUGAGCUUGUCAUUGUACCAGACAACCUUUUGCUUCAUCUGCAGUCAUUUGGCAUCUGGAGAGAAAGAGGGAGAUGAGCUUAGGAGAAACCUUGAUGUUAUUGAGAUUUUAAAGAACACUCAGUUUGCAAGGAUAUGCAAGACAUCAUAUACUAGAAUGCCCGAGAGAAUCUUGGACCAUGAUCGGAUAAUAUGGCUAGGUGACCUAAACUACCGAAUUGCUUUAAGCUAUGAUGAUGCAAAAAGGCUUGUGGAAAGGAAGGAUUGGCUUGCACUUUUUGACAAGGAUCAGCUUCAGACAGAAAGGGAAACAGGCCGUGUGUUUAAGGGGUGGAAAGAAGGCAAAAUCUACUUUGCACCUACUUACAAAUACCUCUUCAACUCAGACUCUUACUAUGCAGAAUCUGUCAAAGUUUCAAAAAGCAAAAGAAGAACUCCGGCUUGGUGUGAUAGAAUUCUAUGGCGCGGAAGGGGAAUUCAGCAACGCUCUUAUGAGCGAAAGGAAUUGAAGUUUUCCGAUCAUCGGCCGGUUUGUGCAACAUUCGUGGUACAAGUUGGGGCCAUGUCAGGGAGGUUCAAGAAGAAGGCUCCUUCUUUUAACUUUCAGAUUGAAGAUCUUGUAACCACGACAAGAAGGGCAUAUUUUUCUUAAUGAUAUGAAAAUUCUCCGAAAAUUCUAAGGUAAUGAUGCACUAACCAAAGUCAUUGCAAGGGUGAAUAACAAUCAAUUUUGGGAUUCAUACUGCAGAAAAGUUUGAAGGUUUUGGAUUUUAUCUAGGAACAAAUGUGAAAAAUGAAGGAAGCAUUAAAAGUUU